AUGAAAUGGAAAGGCGUGCCACUGGAGAUAAGACCGAGAAUCCAAAGAACGCAACUUGAUACGGAAGCUAAAAAUACUAUCAAAGCGAUUGACACGACCAUAAAAGAAACCAUCAAAGACACAACAGAAUUUGAGGACUUGUGUCAUAAAGUCUAUUGUGCGGCGAUCACGACGAACCUAAUCCUUUCAACAAACCCAAUAGAACAAGACCAGAAAAAGCAACCUCAAAAACCGCCUUGGGAGGAGCGACUAGAAAGACGAAUAUCAACGUUACGAAAGGAAAUAGGUAUAAUACACCAAUACAUAAACAACGACAAAGUGAGUAAUAAAGUUCGGAAAAAGCUAAGAGAGUACACAAACAGAAUAAAGCUGAAGGAAAGAGAAGCACAAUUCAAAACAAAGCUGCGUAUACACCAUGAGAAACUGAAACAUAAAAUAGCUGCUUUAGGAAAUCGCCUAGGACGGUAUCAUAAGAGGACCCAGAGAUAUCAACAAAAUAACCAAUUCGCUAACAACCAGAGAAUAUUCUUUAGGAAUUUAGACCACCAAAACGAUAUACAGAAAGAGAAACCCUCAAACCCAAACAAAAUGCUGGAGCACUGGACGUCCAUAUGGUCGGUUGAAGAUACACACAACAAGAACUCUUCCUGGAUUAAAGUAGAAAAGGAAGCACAAGAGAAAUUGCGAGAGAUGCCAAGAGUGGAGGUGAAUGAGGAAGAUAUCAGAGAAACAACUAAAAGAAUAAAGAACUGGGCUUCCCCAGGAGUGGAUGGGAUUCAUGGUUACUGGUGGAAGGCUCUGACAUCGACUCAUAGUGUGUUAGCGCGACUAAUGGAAGAUGCCUUAGAAAAUCCAGAAUUCAUACCCCGAUAUUUUACCAAAGGGAAAACGUUUAUGGUACCAAAAAAGGGAGAUCUGGCACAACCCGAAAAUUAUAGGCCAAUCACCUGUCUUUCAUCUGCCUAUAAAAUUAUUACAUCCACGCUUGCCCACAAAAUCAACACACACCUCAAGAGCAACAAUGUGAUAGCCUGGGAGCAAAACGGGUGCAAAAAUAAAAGUCGCAGAAGCAAGGAACUCCUGGUGAUAGACAGAGAAAUCACUAGACAGGCAAAAAAGAAGAACAAGAACAUAGCCCUGGCCUGGAUUGAUUACCAGAAAGCCUUUGACUCUGUCCCACACUCAUGGCUGAUCGAAGUACUGAAAAUAUACAAAGUAGACCGUAAAGUAAUAAACAUGCUCAAGUUCCUCAUGACCACAUGGAGGACAUCCUUAACAGUCAGCCAAGGGACAGAUAGUUACGAGACCCCAGAAAUAAAAAUCAGAAGAGGCAUCUUUCAGGGAGAUGGCCUGAGCCCACCAUGGUUUUGCUUGGCGCUCAAUAUACUGAGCAAAAUGCUGAAUAGAUCGGCAUACGGAUACAAUGGGACGAGCACAACUGGAGGGAUUAUUGGAGCUGGUUAG